CAGCAGAAGCCACACACCUCUUCGACCAGAGGAGGCAUCAUCUUUUUGUCGCCGUGUUUCGCGGCUUGAAAACGUCAUCCAUUGGAGUCGGCAGCUGUCAAAAGUGGCGUCCAAUGACAAAAUACGUAGUUUGCUUUGUUUUUAGACCAAUAGAUAAAUGGAUUUUGAUUGAAUGAAUAAGGAAAUUUGUUUUCUUGAAUGUAGAAUUAAUAACUUUUCGGAUAAAGAAAGUCUGAGACGCACACAUACUAGUGAUUCAUUUGUUUUAUGGUUGUGUAAACGUUGCAAGAUAAGUGAACAUGGAAUACUCUUCAAUGGUAGAACUGUAUGGGCCCGGUGUGUAUGAACGAAAAUAACAUUAUUUUGGUGAGAUGUAAUCGAUUGGAACCAGUUUUGGAUUAGGAAGUGACUAUAGUGAAGCUAAUGGAAGCAUCUACAGUGCGGGACCCGGCCGAUGAUCCGGUUCCAUCGAAGUGAGCCGAUCAGCUAGCAUAGUACUGAUGUAAAUGGAAAACGAACGAAAGUUAUAGAAUCAAACUAAGACUACCAAGAGACUGCCCCGAACAACGAAUCUGAUACCGUAGUUAUCACCUGUCUAUACACAGUAGCAAUAAUGAUAAUUCGAAAGAAAAAGCGGAAUAGUUUGUCAACAUAGAGUUUACUUAUUCACGUCCACGCCUGAUGGACGGGUCGCAGGGCAAUCUAGCGCCCGGGCAAGAGAUACGAGUCGUCAGCGCCUCGGUUGUAGCGCAACUACAAGCCCAGGGAUUGCAGGGCAAUGAACUCAACGCAGCUAUUAUGGCUGCUUCGCAGCCGCAAACUGCGCAGCAGCAAGCAAUGCAACAGCAGCAAAUACAACAGCAGCAGUUGCAACAACAGCAAUUGCAGCAACAGCAGUUGCAACAACAACAGUUGCAGCAGCACCAGCAGCAAUUACAACAGCACCAACAACAGCAAGCAACCUUGCAGCAGCAGCAGCAACAACAACAACAACAACAACAACAACAGCAACAAGCUCAGCAGCAGCAACAACAAGCUGCUCAGCAACAACAAACUCAACAACAACAAGCGCAGCAGCAGCAGCAACAACAACAAAAUCAACAACAGUCACAAUCCACACCUCAAGCGGCUCAACAGCAGCAGGCCCAACAGCAGCAGCAGCAGCCGCAGCAACAACAGCAAACAUCGCAGCCAGCGCAGCUUCAGCAGAUUCAACAACUCACGCAGAUUCCUCAGCAGCAGCCGCAGGUGAUCACAUUGCAGCAGCUGCAAAAUUUCCUCCCUCAGCAUCAGUUGAAUACGAUCACCACUGCCGAUGGGACUCCGGUGCAGGUAUCGUCGGCGACUACGACUCCCGUAGGAACACCGGUGAAAACCUUUGUCACGUCGCCGCCCCAGAUCCAACAACCGCAGAUUUUGAACCUCCAAGGAUUGCCGCAGCAGUUUCUUCAGGGCGGGCAGAUCAUUCAGAAUCCGAAUGGGCUGUUCCAGAUGAUUCAGCCCGUUCAAACCAUCAACGUCGAUGGGCAAGAGACGUUAUUCGUACCCGGAGGAAUCCAGGGGAAUCAGCUGGCGGGAGCUCAGGCGGUUCAAAUCAACGGUCAACAGGCUUUCAUAACUCCGUCAGGGCAACUGAUUCGUGCUCCAAACGGAAUAGUUCCGAACUUUCUGCAGAAUAUGACGCAAGCAGUGCAGCUUCCCAAUGCUGGUCAGGCUACGCUUACUAUCCCGGGAACUAAUAUAACAAUCCCCUUGGGUACGACAAAUACGGCAAAUGUUCUAGCGCAACAGCAACAACAACAGCAACACCAACAACAACAACAGCAGCAACAGCAGGUAGCUGCCGCGAACGCAGCCGUUGCUAAUCAGCAACAAAACUCAGCCCAAAGUCAGCAAGUGCAAUCGCAAACUCAACAACAACAGCAUACACAGCAUGCGCAAACGCAGGUCCAGGUUCAAACUCAGCAACCUGCUACGCAGCAAAUCCAACAUGUUCAGCCGGCUACCAUUACCAUUCCCGGUACCAACAUCCAAGUACCAACUUCAGCUGUUACCGCACAGAGUAUUUUGCCUAACAAUAUAACUACCAUUAAACUGGAAGGAGGUCAAAACGUGCAAGUUCGACCAGCUGGUGCUAUGCCGCAGGUUGUCCAGUUUCCUAUGCAGCAAACCAUACCGGUACAGGUACCGAUCUCUACCGGUAAUGGCCAAACCGUCUACCAGACCGUCCACGUGCCAAUUCAAGCAAUCGGUUCGGCUCUAGUCCAGCCACAGAUGCAAGUGAUACCGCAGAUUCCGCAAGUAGCUAACAUAAUCACACCCAGCGGGCAGAUUCAGCAGGUGCAGCUGACUUCUCUGAAUCCGCUAGCUGGUCUGCAACCAACGCCCGCCCCGCAGAACAUAAUCCUCCAGCAACCCUCGAAUUUGGCGCAAGCCGCAGCACCCACCACAAUCACUGCCGGAAAUCCACUGGUAUCGUCACUGCCAGCUGGAGCGGUACAAUCCGGCGUGGCAGCUAGUCAGGACAACGGUCAACCAGGUCAAACGCAGCCCCAGCCUCAGCCGCAGCCUAUAACGAUUGCUGGCCCGCAAGUCGGGCAGCAGAUCACUGUGAUACCUACCAACACGCUGCCGCAGCUGCGGCAGAACGCAGCCAAUAUCAUCCAGAUGCCAAACAUCCCAGGGCUGCAAGCGAUCCCGGUACAAAACAUUCCGGGCAUCGGAAACGUUCAGGUGAUCCCGACAAAUUUCAUGCAACCGGUUCAACCGCAAACAGCGGCGUCGCAGCCUCAGUUGAACCCGGUCAAUCAAACAGGGCAAACUAUAUCCCUUCAGCAGGCAGCGGCGCAUCAAUUAUCAAAUAUAAAGCCGGAUCCAAGCGACCCCGGUAAGUGGUUCAUCAAGCAGGAAGUGAUUCCGAUUCAACCACAACCGGUGGUGGCGGUCUCGACGGCGGCAGCGACAGCCGCCGUCGGGGCGUCCGGUGGAAGUAGCAGCGUUGCUGGCAGCACUGGUGCCACUGGGACCAGUGUUGGCAGCACGGUGGUAACUUCACUCUCGCAACCGACGAUGAUCAACACCAACAUAACCGGGAGUCAUCAGAUCAAGGGCGAAAUUCUGAGCCCCACGACGCAGACCUCGGUGAACGUCAAUAUCAGUGUGGGUGGAGGAGGAGGUGGAGACGGAUCGGGGAGUAAUAACGAACAAACGCCCAAACCCCGGGUGCGGAGAGUGGCCUGCACCUGUCCGAACUGUGAAACGAAAGGCGAAGGACCGUCGGAUCGGAAGAAGCAGCACAUCUGCCAUGUGAGCGGGUGCAACAAGGUGUACGGAAAAACGUCCCAUCUGAGGGCACAUCUUCGGUGGCAUACAGGUGAACGGCCUUUCGUCUGUUCCUGGAUGUACUGCGGCAAGCGGUUCACACGGUCCGAUGAACUGCAGCGACACCGGAGGACGCACACCGGCGAGAAGCGCUUCCAGUGUCCCGAGUGCAACAAGAAGUUCAUGCGUAGCGAUCACCUCUCCAAGCAUAUCCGGACGCACAACAAACUGAAAAAGGACCACGUACGAUACCUGCUGGAGUUGGGUGAUUCGAUGAAAUCGAGUGGCCUCAGCGACGACGGCGAAGAUGAUCUGGAGAUGGCCGAUGACGAUAUGAAGGAUCUGGAUGACGAAGACGAGGACGAUGACGACUCCCUACCAGGCGCGCCCGAAGUGGUUAGCCAUCAUCUGAUCAAACCGAAGCUGGAACCGGUUGUCGUUGAACCUGGUGGAGACGUUUCGGUGGCGGUGACGAUGUCGGGUCACGGACCAGGACCGCCGGUUGGGCUCAUGGUCGCCGGUGGCCACGCUGCCGGACAGAUGCAGCCGGUGGCCGUGACGAACGCAAACGGGACGGGAAUUGUCUGGAUUGCGUCCGGUAGUGGUCCCUUGAUAGGGCUGCAGUCCCAGCAGCAGGGCGCACCAGCUCCACCGCCACUCUACAGCAUCAAACAGCUCAACAAUGCGCAGGAGGUGGCGAAUUCGGCCCACUCAGCGUCCUCCGACAGUAACGACAGCUCGGACGAGAAGAUGAUGAUCACCCUGGGCAACGACGAUCAGGACCAGUCGAUCGAGUCCAACUAGCAGUGCGAAACGCUGUCCAUACAUCAAUUUGCAACUUUCGACAGCUGUAGAUUACCGUUUGGGCAGUUUCAGGCGAACUUUUAGGCACAUGCUUCCGGGAACAAGAGGGAGGUCGGAACGCGGGAUGGAAACAUACGGUAAAGAGGUUGAGGCAGUUGUUUACUAGAGAUGUUUCCAUGUUGUGUCUGUCCGCUCCAUAAAUACCUAGAAGUAGCAGUGCAUUGUCAACUUGAGUUGUUGACCAGUUUCCUUCAUUGCAUUUUAUACGUUUAAGAUUCAAAACUUUUACCUAUCGAUCCUCUAAGCUUCUGGAAAUGAUUUUGGUCUAAUUAUAUUCAAUAGAAUCUGUUAAUAAUAAACGAUCUUGAAUUUCAUCGUUAACUUAUCAAAGACUCGGGAUGCCUCAAAAAAUAUUUUAAAGGUCUUUCUUCUUUUUCUUCUUGGCGUAACAAGCCCAAUAGGACAAAGCCUGCUUCUUAGCGAGCGCUUCCACAGUUAUAAGCAGAGAGCUUCCUCUGACAAUGACCUUUUUGCAUGUAUAUAUCGUGACCAAGAAAAACAUUUCUAUUACGAAAAGUUCCUUGACCGACCGAGAAUCGAACCCUCAGCAUGGUUUGAAUACCUAUGCCUUUAAAGCUGUGGCUAAAUGUUAUACGAUUUUGCGAAAUAUAUCUGACAUAUUAGUUAGGGAUGAGAAACUUAUGCUGUUUCCGACAACUUUGCUCUCUUCGUCAUGGGAUGAUUCCCAAAAUCGGCUGAAAUCUAGAUUUGCCUCAAGACUUAUACGGUCAAGUGACCGACACCUCACAUGUCGAAGAGAACAACGCUGCCGAAAAUGAAGGGUGAAGUCACCCUAUAUAAUUAUUAAGGCAACAGCUUAGGUUGUCAAUGCACUAAUCAAAAAUUUAUCCAAAUUAUCAGAAAGAAAAAACCGAAAUCUCAAACCUAUCAGAUUAGAAUCCAAUCAGUCGGAUAGCCAUCAACCAGAGGCUCCCAACUACAGACGGUAUAUAAUUAGAUGUUUUAUCCGCGUAAGAAUACCGAAUCGAUCGAAUAUUGGCUAACGGAAAGUGGAUCGACUGCAGCACUCGAGCAUAAAAUUUUACCAGAUUUCAACAGGAAGGCGUUGAAUCGCGACGACGUUCCAGUAUACAGACGCACGGAAAAGGUUUUCAAUUUUAUAAGCAACCUCCUUCAGAUAGGUCCUAUAGGUGUAAAAACGAUUCCCAGCCGCGGUGUAGCGUAAUCGAUGUGGAUACCGUACCGGUGCGAGAGCGAGAAAGCGAGCGAACGAGUUACGAUGAUAUGCUUAGUUUUAUGUUGCGCAAAAAGCCCCUCAACUGUUACUGUGAACUUUAUCCCUAGAGAGAGCGAGAAAGCUUGAACGUGUCAUGUUUUGGUUCUUAAAACUUUCGCUCUGUAUAUUGCAGCUUAAAAUCAAACUCAAUUCGAUCGGAAAACCCCCUCUAAUGCAAGUUCUAAACCCUAAAACAACUGUUCUCGAUGUUCGUAUUAUAUUAGUCCCACGUGCGUGGGGUUCGUAAACCUAGAAAUCGUUCACUAUUUCAGUUCUUUUUGAAUUAACAAAUUAUCUUGUAGGACAAAUUUUACUUGAAGAGACUUAUUUAUUUGAUGAUUUAGCGUAAUACGGUCGAGCGAUGAUUGUUGGUUUUAAUAUUGUUUUGGUACAACUCCGUUUUGGAAGAAACACACUAAUUUGGAUACGCUAAAUUUUACUAGGAAACAGGAUAUUUGUACCUUAUUACUUGCUAGGUUGGAAUAAUUGGUCUAAAUUCUAAAGUUGCUUCCGUUGAUUACUAAAACAAUGCCUGUACUAUAUUACUUGUGUAAUCGUCUACAACGUGAAUAGGCUGGAAAUAAUAAUAAGAUAUUGACAUUUUUCAA